AUCCUAAAUGAAUGCAUGUACUGCCACACCAGCCUAUGUCAAUACUCAAAAGGCUCAACAAAGCGGAGAGAACUUCUUCAUAUAACAAUUCUAAGUCAGCUGUUUGGGUUAAUUUUCAUAUUACAUCGAAUCCAACAACGAAGCUGCCAUAAUUGAUCCCAUGAGAGACUACGAAGAAUAUAUGUAUUAGAACCCAUCCUAUAUUUAUUAGCAAAUUUUCUGAAUCCAGAAAUUCUGUUAUUAAAUAUGUUAUCUUAACACACCUGCAUGCUGAUUUCGUGGCAGGACACUUAGACUUGGCCAAAAUUACAGGAGCCCAAAUUGUACUGGGUCCAUAAGCUGUAACUUAAUAUUAAGCUAAAAUUGCUUAAGAUGAAGGUAUUAAUUUAUAUCAAUCCUUAGAAUUACUGCCUCUCGGAAGAGCAUAUCUUAGAGUCGUACACACUCCUGGUCACACUUUAGAAUCAAGCUGUUUCGUGCUCGUAGUAGACGGCAAAGACCUUGUAGUUUUCAGUGGAGAUUCUCUCUUCCUUGAAGAAGUCGGCAGACCAGACCUUGCAUCUAAAUCCUCAGGUUUAACCACUCAACAACUUGCUUCUCUACUCUAUCAUUCCCUCAGAAAUAAAGUAAUGAAACUUGGGGAUGAUGUCAUUCUCUAUCCUGGACAUGGAGCUGGAUCUUCAUGCGGCAAAGCCAUCGGAGCUGGCACUGUCAGUACUAUUGGUGAAUAGAAACUCAAAAACUGGGCAUUAUAGAAUAUUACCGAGGAAGAUUUUGUGAAGAUAUCAACCGAUAUCCCAGCUCCUCCUCAGUAUUUCUUCCACGACGUACAAUUGGUAAUUAUAUGAAAUAUUAUAUUUACAUCUUAGAAUCGUCAAGGGGCUAACGAUCUUCUAAAUAUUAAAUAGAAAGUUACAAAGCCUUUGAGUUAUCAAGAGUUUACUCAAGUCGCUGCAGAUGGUGCAUUGAUAUUAGACUCCAGAGAUGUUGUUAGCAAGGGAAUUAUCAAAGGUUCCAUCAACAUCACUUAAGUCGCUACUCUCGCUUCUUUUGUUGGCAUCCUCUUCAAACCUGAUCAAAGAAUUGUUAUCGUCGCAGAUGAGGGCAAGGAAGAAAUUACAAUUAUCAGACUCCUUAGAAUUGGAUAUGAAAAUAUCCUUGGAUAUCUAGAGGGAGGCUUUGACAAUUAUGUCAGAAAUGGAGGAGAAGUUCAAUAAUUAAAUAUUGUUGAUUUGAAGGAUUUCUUAGAUACCAAAGAUUAACCUCAAAAUCAUGUGUUCAUUGAUUGCAGAAAUCCUCCUGAAUUUAAAACCACAGGAAUCGUUCCAGGAUCUUUGAUGAUUCCUCUAUUCUAAAUCGAGAACCAAGUAAAUAUCCAUGUUUAUUCCUUCUAGCUUGAUUUGAUUCCUAAGGACAAAACCUUACAUAUCUACUGUCGUUCAGGAGCCAGAGCUAAAACCGCUGCAACCAUAUUAUUAAAGCAUGGCUAUUCAGAUUUUGUUCUAAUUUAAAAUGCUGGACUUGAACAUAUUGUCAAGGAACAUUAAAUUUAAGUCCAAAAAGUGGAAUGAAUUCAUAUUCUAAAUAACAAAUUAAGUUAAAUC